AUGGAUGCUGCUGGUGCUAAUGUUUUGUGUUACAUCAUCUUCACCUCCUUAGCUUUGCUUGUUUUCACUUUAAUUGUUAAAUCACUUAGCAAACAAACCACAAAUUGCAGCACCAAGCUUCAACCUCCACCAAGCCCACCAAAACUACCAAUCAUCGGCCACCUUCAUCUUCUUGGCUCAGUCGUACCAAAAUCAUUCCAAACACUGGGGCAAGUGUUGAAAACCCAUGAACUUAAUUUCUGCAACCGACCCGAGUUUGGAUCCUCGGAGUAUUUCCCAUAUAAAGGGUCUUAUUUCGUCACUGCCCCAUAUGGCUCUUAUUGGCGGUUCAUGAAGAAGCUAUGUGUGACUCAACUUCUAUCAAGCUCUCAGCUUGGUCGAUUCAUGCACAUCCGAGAACAGGAGAUAAAGAAGCUCUUGAAAUCUUUGAUGGGGUGUUCCAUUGAAGGUAGGGCCACGGAUUUGACUUUGGACCUCACUGCUUUGACAAAUAAUAUCCUGUGUCGGAUGGCUAUGAGUUCCACAUGCCUAGAUAAAGUUAAUGAUGCUGAUGAGAUUCAUGGCUUGGUUCAUGAGUUUUUCCAUGUCGGAGCUAAAUUGAGCAUGGGUGAGAUACUUGGACCUUUGGGAAAGUUGGACUUGUUUGGGUAUGGGAAAAGGCUUGCAAAAAUAGUUGGCAAGUUCGACCGGAUUUUGGAGCGCAUCUUGGAGGAACAUGAAGAGAAAAACACCGAGGAUUGUCAAGGAGGAACAGGGGACAUGAUGGAUAUUCUGUUACAAGUUUAUAAGGAUCCAAAUGCUGAAGUGAAGUUAAAAAGGAAUGACAUCAAGGCCUUUUUCCUAGAUAUUUUUCUUGCGGGAACAGAUACAUCUUCAGCGGCGUUGCAAUGGGGCAUGGCAGAGAUAAUGAACAACCCACGAGUGUUAAAAAAGCUGAAGGCAGAGAUUGAUGCAGUGGUGGGUACUAGCAGGCUAGUCACUGAAUCAGACCUUCCAAAUCUACAUUACCUCCAAGUCGUUGUGAAGGAAGUGCUAAGACUCCAUCCAACGGCGCCGUUUGUUCUCAGACAAUCAGCACAAGAUUGCACCAUCAACGGCUAUGAUUUGAAGAGCCAAACAAGGACACUGAUAAAUGUAUACGCGAUCAUGCGGGACCCAGAAGCGUGGGCCCACCCAGAGGAGUUUAUGCCAGAGAGGUUCUUGGAACCACGUGAUGGGAUCAACCGUGGAGAUGAACGAUUGAUUAAAAUAGACGGUGAUGAUUUCAGGUAUUUUCCAUUUGGGUUUGGUAGGAGGGGAUGUCCUGGAUCUUCCCUCGCCUUAACGGUGAUACAAGUGACUAUUGCAGCGUUGAUCCAAUGCUUUGAAUGGAAAAUCAAAGGUGGAGAUAGGGUUGAUAUGGAAGUAGGGUCAUCGUUUUCUGCGGGAUUGCUUUCAAGUUACUUCACUUUCCGUAAGAUCCAUCAUGAGGAUUACCUUGCAUUAUGGGAUGUUCACAUGACAAUGCGUGGUUCUAUUAUUAAAGGAAAAGAUUCAAAUAUGGCUGAUUACCAAGGCUACGUCCUACUGUUUUGCAUAUGGCUAGUUUCCACAAUAGUGGUUCGAGCCUUAAUCACAAAAAAACAUAACAAGGCUAAUAAACCACCAAGCCCAUUAGCCUUACCCAUCAUUGGACACCUUCACCAUCUUGGUCCAAUAGCUCACCAGGCUCUUCACAAACUCUCAACCCGCUAUGGGCCCAUCAUGCACCUUCUCCUUGGUUCCGUGCCUUGUGUCGUAGCUUCCACACCAGAAGCAGCCAAAGAGUUCCUUAGAACUCACGAAACCCAUUUCUCCAACCGCCCUAAAAGUUCUGCGGUUGAUUACAUAACAUAUGGCUCCCAAGACUUCUCCUUCGCCCCAUAUGGACCUUAUUGGAAAUUCAUGAAGAAAAUAUGCAUGUCUGAGCUUCUGGGGGGUCACACACUGAACCAACUUCUUCCUCUGAGGAGACAAGAGACGUUAAGGUUUCUAAGACUUUUGUUCAAGAAAGCCGGUGAGGCCAUUGAUGUUGGAGGGGAAUUGUUGACACUGUCGAAUAACGUUGUUUCAAGGAUGGUUAUGGGCCAAACAUGUUGUGAUAAUGAUGAUGAAGCCGAAGAGGUGAGGAAGUUGGUGCAAGACACCGCACAUCUCACGGGGAAGGUUAAUGUUUCGGACUUUAUUUGGUUCUUUAAGAACUGGGAUUUGCAAGGGUUCGGGAAAAGACUCAAGGAAAUUCGAGACAGGUUUGACACCAUGAUGGAGAGGGCAAUUAAGGAGCAUGAAGAGGAAAGGAGGAAAAGAAAGGAACUGGGUGGUGGAGAUGAUCGAAUCAAGGAUUUACUUGAUAUUUUAUUGGACAUCCAUGAGGAUGAGAACUCUGAGAUGAAAUUGACAAUAGAGAACAUAAAGGCCUUCAUCUUGGACAUAUUUAUAGCAGGAACAGACACUUCAGCUUUAACAACGUUGUGGGCUUUGGCCGAGUUGAUUAACCACCCACAUGUGAUGGAGAGAGCAAGACAAGAGAUUGAUAUUGUGAUUGGAAAGAGUAGAAUAGUAGAAGAAUCAGACCUUGUCAACCUUCCUUAUCUGCAAGCCAUAGUCAAAGAAACACUAAGGAUUCAUCCAACAGGUCCAUUAAUUGUUAGAGAGUCAUCUGAAAGCAGCACUAUUUGGGGCUAUGAUAUUCCAGCAAAGACCCAGUUGUUUGUUAAUGUAUGGGCUAUUGGGAGGGACCCCAAUCACUGGGAAAACCCACUUGAGUUCAUACCAGAGAGGUUUAUAAGUGAAGAGGGAAGUGAGAAAAGAGAAUUAGAUGUGAGGGGACAACAUUUUCACUUGAUUCCAUUUGGGAGUGGAAGAAGAGGGUGUCCUGGGACCUCACUGGCUUUGCAGGUUGUGCAGGCUAACCUUGCUGCUAUGAUUCAGUGCUUUGAAUGGAAGGUUUAUGGAGGCAAAGAAACUGUUGACAUGGAAGAGAAACCCGGGUUAACUCUUUCAAGGGCUCAUCCAUUGAUUUGUGUCCCAGUACCUAGGCUUAAUCCUUUUCCUUCCAUGUGA